AUGGCUGAAUCGCAGGAAAUCGAAUUGAAGAUUCAUUUUGGUGGUUCAGUGAAGAAGAUUGGAAAGGAAGAUUAUGAGUACUUAGGUGAAUUAGGGAGCAAAAAUGUGGAAUGGAAGUUCGAUGAGAUAUUGUGGGAUAGGUUUGUCGAUUUUUGCAAAGAAGAAGCGCUAAUUAGAGCACCAGUUGGCUUGAUUUGGUUUAAAUCAGAAAAAGAAGAGAUGAAGCAACUGCGGUAUUUAUAUGAUAGGUACGAUGAGGAGAUGUUGAUGCUACGAUCUGUGAGCAAGCUAGGGAUAGAUGUUGUAGUAGUGUUUGUUGAACAUGAGUGCUCAGAACACAUACCCGGUGUGAUUCAGCUUUCAGAUAGAGAACACAUUGAAGACGAAGAACACAGUGAGAAUGAUGAUGUCGAUAGACCUAAAGAAGAUGAUGAGCCAGAAGGAUCAGAAGAUAAGAAUCCGGCUGAAAAGGAAGAUAACCCGACUGUGAAUCCGGCUGAAAAGGAAGACAAUGAAGAUGGUGGUGAUGAAGUUGUCGCUGAUGUAACAGAUGAUACUAACGAUGUAAGGUUUCAGUCUGUCUUUGAAGAAGGAGAGAAAGCUGUACUAGAUAAAGAAGCAUAUGGAAAUGGUAUAGAGGAAGAUGACAGUGAAGAUGAGAGGGCGCCAGUAGAUGUUGAAUAUCUAGACACACCAGUAGAGUCAGAAGAUGAAUGGGAAGAAUGGAAUCGAAAGCUUAAAGGAAAAGGGAAGGUCAAUGGAAGUGAUAAAUACCAUGGUGACUAUGAAAAACCACCUUACAUCUGGUUAUUUCAAAAGUUUAACAGUGGGUUAGAGUUUAAAGACCAAGUCUUGAAGUAUUUUAUGAAUACUCAAUACGAUGUGAAGAUGGCAAGGUCGGAGUCAUUCAGGAUUGUGGAGAAGCCGAUUAACAAGUGGAUGGUGAAAGUGUGUCACAUGAAGCACAACCAUGGUAAAUCAAGCAGGAUCUCAAUGUUGAAGCAAUGUGUGAUUGCUGUCCUUUUUAGAGAAGAAUUACGCAUAAAUGUCAAUCUACAAGCUUCAACGAUCAAAGAUGCGAUAAAGGUAAGAUAUGACAUUGUUGUACCUAUAUCUAAGUGCUACAGAGGAAGAGACAUUGCAUUGGGGACAAUUCUUGAAGCUCAAACAACACAGUUUUGGAAGCUAUGGGAUUAUGAAGAAGAGUUGCGUAGAUCAAACCAGGCAGUUGGGAGUGAUGCCGAUAACAGGAUGUACCCUAUUGCUUGGACAGUUGUGAGAGGAGAAAACAAAGAUACUUGGGGAUGGUUUAUGAGAAAGCUGAAGCAUGAUAUUGGCUUGGAAUUUGGGAAGGAUCUUACUGUAAUCUCGGAUAAACAAAAAGGACUUGUUCACGCUAUCGAAUUAGAACUUUCUGAAGCAGAACAUCGCAUGUGUGCUAGGCACAUUUAUGCUAAUUGGAAGAAGCUUGGUUUCUCAAGGUCAGAGUUUAAGUCAUUGUUUUGGGGAGUCGCAUACAGCUACACCGAGGGAGAGUACAAAGAGAAGAUGCGUUUGGUAGAGGCUUACGAUGUCGUGGCACACAAUGAAUUACUCAAAACAGACCCAGAGCGCUGGUGUAGAGCAUUCUUCAAUGUGGAGUCUCAUUGUCCUGAUGUGCACAACAAUUUAUCAGAAAGUUUCAACAGAAACAUAAAGAUGGCAAGGGCAAAACCAAUGAUCAACAUGUUGGAGGACAUACGCAGACAAGCAAUGACAAGGAUAUCAAGCCGGUUCUUUACGGCAGAUAAGUGGGACACCAUUGUAACACCUAUUACAAUGGCUUUGUUGGAGAAAGCGAGAUGUGCAAAAAAACAUUGUUCAACAAUUCGCAGCGGUUUCAGCUUGUACGAGGUGAAUGAGUUCGACUGUGGUUACAUGGUGGAUUUGGCUACACAUCAGUGUGCUUGCAGGCGAUGGGAUCUCACAGGUAUUCCUUGUAAACAUGCUGUGUGUGUGCUUGAUGACAACCAGGAGGAUCCUGUGAAGUAUACUGCAGAAUAUUACUACACACAUGUGAUGAAAAGAACUUACUCUGACAACAUCAAACCUGUCAAUGGCAAAAACUUGUGGAAGAUGAUAGGCAAGCCACCUAUUGGGAUACCAGAGAUAAGGAAACCAAGAGGGAGACAAGAACACGAUAUAGGAAGAAAGAGUCAUUUGAAGCGCUUGAAACUGCUGAAAAAUUGUCAAGACAUAGACGCAUACCCACAUGUAGCAACUGUCAUUAGUCUGGACACAUUAAAACUGGAUGCAAAAACCAAACUGUGGUUUAUGAGGGACCAAAAAAUAAGCGUGGCAGACCUCCAUGUUCACGCCACUGGAUCAUCAUCUCAGUCUGUUCACGUCACUGGAUCUUCCUCUCAACCUGUAGAAGCCACUGGAUUCUCAUCUGACCCCAAGCCUCAUGCUAAGAAACCUUAA